CGAAGUGCCACCAACGUCGAUUCUUGCCCCAAUCGACUCCGGUCGAGGAAAAUGGGAUCUCGCCAUAUAUUACAUGCCAUAAACCGAAGUCAGGGCCAGACGUUCACACUCAUCCUUUGCAUGCCAGCAUUACGGCCCAUUGUACAGGCAUACACUGUUUUUGGUCGGCUAUGAGCCUCAAAUAUCUAAGUAAAGCCUUUCAUCGAUUUUGGGGAGCAGAAAUGAGGUGCAAGUGAUUCAUUCUGGAUCUGCGAGGAAACAGGAUGCAUGUGUGUUCCAAGCCGUGGUUUUUUU